AUGGCGGCGGGCGCGGGCGAGGCGCGCCGGGUGCUGGUGUACGGCGGCCGGGGCGCGCUGGGCUCGCGCUGCGUGCAGGCGUUCCGGGCCCGCGACUGGUGGGUGGCCAGCAUUGACGUGGUGGAGAAUGAUGAGGCCAGUGCCAGCGUCGUCGUUAAAAUGACAGACUCGUUUACGGAGCAGGCGGACCAGGUGACCGCGGAGGUGGGGAAGCUCCUGGGCGAGGAGAAGGUGGACGCCAUCCUUUGUGUGGCCGGAGGAUGGGCCGGUGGCAAUGCCAAGUCCAAAUCGCUCUUUAAGAACUGUGACCUGAUGUGGAAGCAGAGCAUGUGGACGUCCACCAUCUCCAGCCACCUGGCCACCAAGCACCUCAAGGACGGAGGCCUCCUGACCUUGGCUGGGGCCAAGGCUGCCCUGGACGGGACUCCUGGGAUGAUCGGCUACGGCAUGGCCAAGGGCGCCGUCCACCAGCUCUGCCAGAGCCUCGCGGGGAAGAACAGCGGCAUGCCAGUCGGGGCCGCCGCCGUGGCCGUGCUUCCAGUCACCCUGGACACCCCUAUGAACAGGAAGUCAAUGCCCGAGGCCGAUUUCAGCUCCUGGACGCCCCUGGAGUUCCUGGUGGAAACUUUCCAUGACUGGAUCACACAGAAAAACCGGCCGAGCUCAGGAAGCCUAAUCCAGGUGGUCACCACCGGUGGGAAGACCGAGCUUACCCCUGCAUACUUUUAAAGCUUCAUCUCAGUACUUUUGAGGGACCUGCCAGAAAAGUUGUUAAUUUUCAUGGGCGUGGCUGCAUCCGGCUGUGUUUUCUGUCAUCCUGCGUGUGGCACAGGUAGUUCCGUUGUUCUCUUACCCGGUGUGCAUUUGCUUUCCUAGGACUGUGUGCAAUGUUUAUGUAAAGUAGAAACACCUGAGGGUGGGGGCCUGCAGGCCAGCCUGUGAAUCUGUGUGGGCUCCCAAGCUCCGGGGACCCCUGGGCCGGCCCUUUCACACCCACGUCUUGUCGAAUUGCUUUCGAGACUUUGUCCCUGACAGUGGCUGCCAUCUCGGGCUAUGGUGCCAGGGCAUCUGGGGCCUGGCCUUAUGUUUGAAUGUUAUAUGUCACUGACGUAGUAGUUUUGCAGCCUCAGAUUAAACUGCCUUAAAACUCCUUUUGUGGUGUAUAAGCAACCCGCCCCCCCCCGGGCCCUGUGACCUGUCCCUCUUCUGCGCAGUUGCCAAGUGUCAAGAACACUACUUGUGAUUAUUUGGAGUUUUUCUUCCUAAUAAACGCACUUCAUUUAU